AUGGAUAUCGCACCACGUGCUGUUGUCAUCAAAUGGAACGCAUCAAGAGCCCACACGACGCAUCUCAGCCGUUGGAUCAUCUUCCCCCAUGUGGCGCAUGACAUGUCCAGCUUGGCCAGCAAAGAUCAAGUGAUGCACUACGCGCUUGAAACGUUAUCCUGCACAGGCUGUCCUAACAAGCCUUCCAAUAUUCCAUCCUCCCAACCGUCCUUCAUGGCGCGGUUCAAUCUCCCAACAAAGCCCGGCCCGGCCCGAACCUCGCAGUACCUCAAGAACUCCGCCACCUCCCUCGGGUCCUCGGGCGUCCAGCACGCACCGGCCCAGUCAAGCGGGCCUGGACCGGCCAUGGGCCCGCCCAAUUCUCCCGCCAAAAGCUCUACAAUUCCGUUGACUAGAUUUAUCGGCCCAUCCCACAGCCACACACGAGCCGCGCCUCUCCGCACCGCUCGGACCACGGCCCGAUCGUAG